GAACAAAAAUUAUAAUAUCCUAAUCGGUCCUAGCUUAAUCAAGGCAACAACAGGCAAUCUAGCAGGUACCCGGACGCGAGGCGAGAGGCAAGGGAAGGACCAUGAGGGUUACCCCGACAAUGAUGACAUGACAGGGCGAGGUGCCAGGGAGAAAGGCGGCUAUUCCAACCCUCGGUAUGGGGCAAUGGAAUCGGAAGGUACGGUAGUUACAAUCCUAUGUUUGAUGGUGAUGAUGAACUGGUAUUCCGGGCUAGGCAACCAACCAUUGAAUUUUCCAAAUUCAAUGACCGGUAGGAUGCCGGUAUAUGGUUGUAUGUUGCUGACAAGUGAUUCAAGAAUCAUCUGACUAAGGAGGAGACGAAGGCACAUACGGCGUCCUUCUACUUAGAGGGUGGUGCCCUGCAAUGGUGAUAGUGGUUUGAGAGGUCAUAUGAUAACGCGAACCAGAAUAGUGGCGGAGUAUAGAGCAGAGUUCCUCAAGUUGGGAAACAUGUGCAAGGGCGUACUAGAAGAGUAUCUGGUUGGAUUGUGCAUGGCAGGUCUACGACCUGAGAUCGUCACAGCCUUUAGCGUGUUUGAGUCUAACUCCUUGAGAACCGCUUUUAGACUUGCAGGUCGCAAGGAAGAAGAGAUAACAAGUAGGAGGAAUUCUAUAGGCCGGUACAAGAAGCUUAGUGGAGGAAGAAGUAGCAGCGUCACUACCAGCAAUGGAGGAGGAUUCGUAGCAGGGAGCAACGCUAGUGCAACCCUAAUCGCCGCAACUCGACUGGGACUUCAGGCUCCUCCAAAUGGUUUUGUCAAGUUGUUGCCAGCGGAGAUCGAGUAGAAGAGGCGGGAAGGGAAUGCUUCAACUACAAUGAGAGAUACACAUUCGGGCACCAUGUCGUGAAGCCCGACUUGAUGAUACUGGUGGACGCUAGGAGGAUGAAGCCAAUGAUGAGGCGGAGGAGGCAAGGAAGAUGAACCAGGAUGCGGAGGUUGAACGUUGAGGGCAAGGUUUUUCUCAAGGAAACAGGAUGUUAGAAACACAAAUAUUUGUUAUUUUUAUCAUUUGGGCUUAUUUGGUGUUUAUUAAUGUUUUGUGACAUUCAUGAAUUAUUUGGGGGGUUUGAGGAAUAAUUAUGGAGUAUUUCGUGAAGUCAUAUUAGUGGGAUGGGAAAAGGAAAUUUUUCGGGUUAUAUAUAUUAUGUAAUUAGUUAUAUGCAAUUACAGAACAUAAUUUACUAAACCUUACUCUCUCUCCUGGAGAGACUUCCCUCCCCUUUCCCCAGCUGUUGUCGCAGGCUCGCAGCUUCUUCUUCCUCUUUCCUUCCCAAACACCCAAUCUCCUUGCUAAGCCCUAGUUAGAUCAAUUCCUAAUUGAUCUAACUAAUUUCCCAAUCUUCUACAUCAAUUCAGGAGCACCUAGAUCCUGGUUUCUAUCACUCAAUCACUACAUAUUACCCCCAGCUCAAUUAUAGGUGCCAUUCACUAACAAAUUUCACUCCAACUAACAAGGUUUCUACACAUUCCUCAUGGACGCACCUAACAUUUUUUAUCAUCACUUUAUACGAUUCAGUUUUAGUAGGAUAAAAUUUGACCAUUAGA